CUUGCCGACCAUAAAAAGAUAGAGGGUCUCGCUGUUUCUAUCUUCCUUUCCUUCUUUCUCUCUCCAUUCAUCGUACUCUCAGACGGCGAAGGAGCUUUACCCUUCACUGGGGUUCAGGUCUUCUAGCUGUAAAAUGACGACAGUUCUAGCUCGUCCUUCUCUGGCUCCUCCCUCGAAGGGAAUCCAGUCUCAUGGUUCUGAAAAAUCAAGGAGGACUGCUGUCAAGAUGAUGUCUAGGUCGCAAGCACCGGUAUGCACUUUGACAGGUUUCUCAGGAUUGCGGAGCUACAACUGCUUAGACGCAACAGUGAAAUCUGGACAAGAUUUUCAUUCCAGAGUUGCUAUCACUAUGUCUCCUAAGCAGAAGAGAGGUAAAAAAUUUGCAGCUAGAGCCAUGUUUGAGCGGUUCACAGAAAAAGCUAUAAAAGUUAUCAUGCUUGCCCAAGAGGAGGCGAGACGGCUUGGCCACAACUUUGUUGGCACAGAGCAAAUCUUAUUAGGUCUUAUUGGUGAGGGCACUGGAAUUGCUGCAAAGGUCCUUAAAUCUAUGGGAAUCAAUCUUAAAGAUGCUCGUGUGGAAGUGGAGAAAAUCAUUGGACGAGGUAGUGGAUUUGUUGCUGUGGAGAUCCCAUUCACUCCUCGGGCAAAGCGUGUUUUAGAGUUGUCACUUGAAGAAGCCCGCCAACUUGGUCAUAACUACAUUGGAUCUGAGCACUUGCUCUUGGGACUUCUUCGUGAAGGCGAGGGUGUUGCAGCCCGUGUACUUGAGAAUUUGGGUGCUGAUCCUAGUAACAUAAGAACACAGGUCAUUCGAAUGGUGGGUGAGAACAAUGAAGUUACCGCUAAUAUUGGGCCAAAUACCAGAGACACAAAGAUGCCAACUCUUGAGGAGUAUGGAACUAAUUUGACCAAGCUUGCAGAGGAGGGUAAAUUAGACCCCGUCGUUGGAAGGCAGCCACAAAUAGAGCGUGUCAUCCAAAUCUUGGGUCGGAGGACUAAGAAUAACCCUUGCCUAAUUGGAGAGCCAGGUGUUGGUAAAACAGCAAUUGCUGAGGGUCUUGCUCAACGAAUAGCAACUGGAGAUGUUCCGGAAACAAUUGAAGGAAAGAAGGUUAUUACUUUGGAUAUGGGUCUUCUUGUUGCUGGAACAAAAUACCGUGGUGAAUUUGAGGAAAGGCUCAAGAAGCUUAUGGAGGAAAUCAAGCAGAGUGAUGAAAUCAUUCUUUUCAUUGAUGAGGUGCAUACGUUAAUUGGUGCUGGGGCUGCAGAAGGGGCUAUCGAUGCUGCUAAUAUCUUGAAACCCGCUCUUGCUAGGGGUGAAUUACAGUGCAUUGGAGCUACAACACUUGAUGAGUACAGAAAGCAUAUUGAGAAGGACCCGGCUUUAGAAAGGCGAUUCCAGCCAGUCAAAGUACCUGAGCCUACUGUGGAUGAAACAAUCCAGAUAUUGAAAGGUCUACGUGAACGAUAUGAGAUCCACCAUAAGCUUCGGUACACCGACGAGUCUCUAGUUGCUGCUGCGCAGCUAUCAUACCAGUAUAUCAGUGACCGUUUCUUGCCUGAUAAGGCAAUUGACUUGAUUGAUGAAGCUGGCUCUCGGGUUCGUCUUCGUCAUGCACAGGUCCCUGAGGAAGCUAAGGAGCUUGAGAAAGAGGUCAGACAGAUUAUAAAGGAGAAGGAUGAAGCUGUCCGCAAUCAAGACUUUGAAAAGGCUGGGGAAUUGCGUGACCGAGAAAUGGACCUAAAGGCACAGAUCUCAGCCAUAGUGGAGAAAGGUAAGGAAAUGAGCAAAGCUGAGACGGAAGCUGGAGAUGAAGGCCCCAUUGUGAAUGAGUCAGACAUUCAGCACAUUGUCUCUUCAUGGACUGGAAUCCCUGUUGAGAAGGUGUCGACAGAUGAGUCUGAUCGCCUAUUGAAGAUGGAAGAAACCUUGCACAAACGAGUCAUUGGUCAGGAUGAAGCUGUCAAGGCAAUCAGCCGUGCUAUUCGCAGGGCCCGAGUUGGUCUCAAGAACCCUAACAGGCCAAUUGCGAGCUUCAUCUUUUCCGGUCCAACUGGUGUUGGAAAGUCUGAACUGGCCAAAGCACUUGCUGCCUACUACUUUGGGUCAGAAGAAGCCAUGAUCAGGCUCGACAUGAGCGAGUUCAUGGAGAGACACACAGUCUCCAAGCUCAUUGGUUCGCCUCCCGGGUAUGUUGGAUACACGGAAGGUGGGCAGCUGACUGAAGCUGUUAGACGUCGCCCUUACACCGUGGUGCUCUUUGAUGAGAUAGAGAAAGCCCACCCUGAUGUCUUCAACAUGAUGCUUCAAAUCCUCGAAGAUGGAAGAUUGACAGAUAGCAAAGGUAGAACUGUGGACUUCAAGAACACCCUUUUGAUCAUGACUUCUAAUGUUGGCAGCAGCGUUAUCGAGAAGGGAGGAAGGAGGAUAGGGUUUGACCUUGAUUAUGAUGAGAAGGACAGCAGUUAUAACAGGAUCAAGAGUCUGGUGACUGAGGAACUGAAACAGUAUUUCAGGCCGGAAUUCUUGAACAGAUUGGAUGAGAUGAUUGUGUUCAGACAACUGACUAAGCUGGAGGUGAAGGACAUUGCUGAUAUCAUGUUGAGGGAGGUGUUUGAUCGGCUGAAGGGGAAAGAGAUCGAGCUUCAAGUGACUGAGAGGUUCAGAGAAAGAGUUGUGGAUGAAGGGUACAACCCUAGCUACGGAGCAAGACCUCUGAGGAGAGCAAUAAUGAGACUCCUGGAGGAUAGCAUGGCCGAGAAGAUGCUUGCAGGAGAGAUCAAAGAGGGUGACUCGGUUAUCGUGGAUGUCAAUUCUGAGGGCAACGUUAUUGUUCUCAAUGGCAGCAGUGGCACCCCUGAUGCCUUGCCAGAUGUGUUGUCUGUUGCUUAGAGGCAGUUAUUUGCACUUAAGCCAAGGUGCUGUCAUGUAGCUUUGGUUGUUUGAAAAACUAUUUGUACUGGCUAGAACAGUAGAAACUUGGGGUCUGGCUGGCUAGUGGACAGGCUACUUGGCCAAGGGGAAGAUGGGGGCGAGGAUCGGAGGGUUCAAGUUCACAACACCAUGGAUGCUGAUCCAUGGGCUGGGAAUCGAUUGCUUCGUGGUGGAAAAUUAGGUAGCCUGCUGGUUUUAGCUAUAGCUCUCAUAGUGCAAGGAUGUAGUGAUGGAUAAGUUAUACAUUGGUACCCUUCCGAAUGCUCCUUUAGGCCUCCUUUGGUGGGAUAUAAUUGUGGAUUUUAUGAUAUGAUUUUAUAAUUGCAAUUCUAGCUUUCUGCCAAGUGAUGGGUGAUAUUGAAAUGCUUCAGGGCGAAGGGUUUUGAAGCUUCAGCUGUCCAUAUUUGAAUUGUAAACGUAGAGGAUUGACAAAUAAAGAAGCAUCGCAGUGGCACCUGGAACAAGCAAACUGGUUGCCAACCUAGCAAGACUUCGAGGCAAUUGAUUUGUUGAUCCAAACAAAAAUACGUAGAUACAUACGUUAUGGUUCUUUACAGCUGCAACACAAGACAAAUCAGGGAACUGCCAUUCAAGGCGGGCCACAAGAAACGGAGAAAAACGAAUGAUGAUUACUUGCGGGACGAGAACUGUUUACUAUGCACGGAAACUAUCCUCCAGGGUAGAGAUUUGUGUAAUUUUCUCCAUUUCAAAUUUCCUGCAACGAGAAUGAAAGUAGAAAGGA